AUGCCAGCGCUGCUUGACGCGUUCAGGCUCCGCGGCGAGUCCACGGCGGAGAAGGCCGUGAUGCUGGCGGUCUCCACCUUCGUCAUGCUCACCACCACGGGGUCCGUCUACGGCUGGUCCCCCAUUCUCCUCAUUCUCCAGGAGCUCGGCGUCUACAGCGAACUGUGCACCGGCGACGACACACCCCAGCCCGGAGACGGAGACAUCACCACAUGCGAGGCCCAGGACCUGCGGCUCAACCUGAUCUACACGGCGGCGGUGAUGUCGCUCGGCCUGACUACCCUCGGCUGGGGCAUCAUGGUGGACUGGCUCGGACCCCGGGUCAUUCUCCCGCUCUCCUCCGUGUUCUUCGGCGCCGGUUGCCUGCUGUUCGCCUUCUCCCGCCCGCAAGGAUUCGAUGCCUAUGCGAUUGGGUUCGUGGGCAUUGCUGCAGGUGGGUGUGGCAUGUUCUAUGGUCUCGUGCGGCUGAGUGAGCUGUUCGGCAAAAGGAGGGUCACUGUGCUUGGCAUCUACAGCGUGGCCUUCGAUGCCAGCACUGUUGUGUUCCCUCUUUAUGGGCUUGUGUACAAGGCCACGGGAUUCUCCCUACAGAGCUUCUUCAUCGCUUAUUCCUCUAUAUCCAUCAUCGUGCUCCUUUGCGCGGUCAUGUGGCCGUUGGCCCUCUCCACCCCUCAGGAGACCAUCAAAGAGGUGGAAGAUGAAGAAGGCGUGCUCGAGGCCAAGCAGAGGAGCGACGAGGCACUACCGCUGCUGGGUCUCUCCGGCGAGGGAGACAUCGGCGUGGCCCAGCUCCACACCGUACCGAUGUCGGAACGGCCGUUCAAGGAGCAGAUCGCGUCCCUCGACUACUGGGUCUUCGUCGGGUACAUCGCCGUGUCCGUGCUCUGGCUCAAUAUGUACAUCGGCACCAUGCCCAUCCAGCUCGAACGCAUCACCAGCGACCGUGCCACUGUGGACUUCUACGUUGAAGUGUUUUCAUGGCUCCUGCCCGCGGUCUUUAUCGUGGGUCCGCUCAUCGGUUGGGGCGUAGACAAAGCUGGUAUCGUGGGGUCGGUCGUAUCGGUGCACGUGUGUGCGCUCGCCUUCUCUGGGCUCAAGAUCGUGCCCAGCCUCGAGCUGCAGUUCGCCACCUUCGUCGUUCUCUCUGUCUAUCGAGCGCUCUUCUACACCGCCAUGAUCGCACUCCUCAUCGAAAUGUUUGGCUAUGGCAACUUUGGCAAGCUGUGGGGCUUCUGCAUCUUCUUCGCCGGGUGCAUGAACUACGCCCAGCAGCCCUUCCUGGUCAUCGCCUACGAGCUGGGCUCCUUCUACUACAUCGACCUGGCCCAACUGGCCUCCAUGCUCCUCCUCACCUUCUAUCCCCUCUUCCUCUACCACCGAUUGCCACGGCUCACAUAA